GUACAAAUUGUACGGCCACCUCACUGAUCCUGUCCGGAUCUUCACCAUUUCUGGCAAGUUUUCCGGGCACAGAAUCCCAUUGAGUGAGGAUUUACUCAAUGCUCGAAUGGUCAUGGAGGUGAAGCAACCUAAAUUGUCAAAGAAGGCCAAUAGUCACAGUCCGGUUGUUGAGGUUGAUUAUGAUGCCCAAUUCAACGAUCCUGAUGUUCGUAACGGCAUUGUGACAUGUGCAGCACUCUCCCCGAUGGUCAUCAGAUAGCUCUUGGUAUUGGUAGUGGUGUCAUCGAGCUUGCUGAUAUCAACCUUCAACACACAAUUUCCCGAUUCCACCUCGAUCCACCCAACCACCCAAUCUGGAUCGAAUUUGUCCAUGGUAGGCACCGAGUUGCUGCCGAGGACAAUGAGGGGAACAUCACCAUCCUUAGCCACGAUAUGACCCCCAUUAAUCUUGGUACUCUUCCCAACGGGCCCCUUCCUGCUGUAACUCGGGUAUCGGAUAACGGAUUGUUUAUCAUACGGGUCCCAUGGAACACUGAUAACUCGUGGUACAACAACAUGACUCUCGUAUCCAUUCUGGACAACCCGCACAUGCAGCUCCUCGCUUCUCCUCCUUCCCAAGCAGUUGAUUCUCCUCGCCAUGACACGCUUGCUAUUCCUCACCGUCGCACACUUGGGUUUUCUCCGGGAGCACAUUAUAUCGGGGCUUUCGAUGGCCUCAGCGCUUUCACCUGGUCGACAGACUCGGGUGAUCUCAUUGCGCAUUAUCGUGUGACGGAUUUCGAAUGUUGGAUUAUGAAUCCUGCUGUUCCCACUGCCUGCUCUUAUCGCAUCCCUGAUCCUGUAUUCGUUCGACCUACCCUUCCCAUGACAGAAGGUAGUGCAGCAGAUAGACCUCAUUCCAAAAUAGACGCGGUCCAUAACUUGCAGGACAAGUCCUGGACCAAGUGCCCAUUUUAUGUUCUCCUACAAAGCAAGGACGACGACCACGAGUCUGACAUCCGUUCAUCCGCUGCAGGAAGAACCCCACUGUUCCAAAGCAAGGAAAUACGUACUGGGCUACCAAUGUUCUUCAAUGGCAAAUUAGAAUUCAUUAUUCCCGAGGAGUAUCAACCAGUUGUUUUUUCUGGUGGCGAAGGUCUAGGCGCUUGGUAUGGCGAUCAAGUGCCGUCUGAUCCUACCUUUAUGUACAGCCCUCGGUCCAGCAAAGAUGGGACUCGAAUCCUUCUCCAAGGCCGGCAGACAGCUCCAAUUGUCGUUGAUCUUAGCCAAGUCGUUUAGGAUGUUCGUGGUCAAUUACAAUAUCUUCCCAUUCACCUUGCGCGUUCUAUCCACUGUCAGAGGGGGAAUCGUGAAGUUUCGUUAGGUCGCCUUCCAUUCUUCCGGACUUCCCUCGGACGAGGUUCCCUUUCCCUAGAGUGCAGUGGGUCUAAA